CAGGAAAAGUUUACAUAUUUCUGGAGAUACGAGUCUCCGUUCAGUCAACAUUACCCUGUGACCUUUGAACUGGAUGGCAUGACCUUCAACUGUGCUGAACAAUAUUAUAUGUUUAAGAAGGCUGACACAUUUGGUGACCAGAGAUCAAUAUUUAAUAUAAUGAAGAGCUGCAGUCCAAUAGCGCAGAAAAGUUUAGGAAGAAAAGUUGCUGGUUUUGAUAGGAACAAGUGGGAUGCCAUCAGUAGGCAAAUUGUCAGAAAGGCAAAUUUCGCCAAGUUUUCCCAGAAUGAAGAGCUGCUGCAGAUAUUGUUAUCGACUCGAGGAACGACAUUGGUGGAAGCCAGCCCUAAGGAUGCUCUGUGGGGCAUCAACUUGGAAGCUGAUAAUUAUCUCGUUCUCAAGAGAAAUUGGUGGCGUGGUCAGAAUUGGCUCGGGGAGGAAUUAACUAAAUUGAGAGAU